AUGUAUCCAAGUCUGUUUAUAACACCAUCUAUCUAUCUAUCUAUCUAUCGCCUUCUGUUCAUAUCUCUCUCUCACUCUCUCUCUCUCUCUCUCUCUCUCUCUCUCUCUCUAUAUAUAUAUAUAUAUAUAUAUAUAAGCUUCGUUUAUUUCCUUUUUAUUCUUUUCCAUUUUAUCUAUUCAGAUUCUUUAUUAUCUAUCUAUCUAUCGCUGUCUGUUUAUAACACUAUCUAUCUAUAUCUAUCUAUCUAUCUAUCUAUCUAUCUAUCUAUCCCAGAGCGUGAAGUUGAUAUACCGUUAAACAACCGACAUAUAUCUAUCUAUCUAUCUAUCUAUCUAUCUAUCUAUCUAUCUUCAUUAUCUCUAUCUAUGUCUUUUCAUUAUCUAUCUAUUUAUCUAUCUGAGUGUGUUCAUUAUCUAUCAAUCAAUCAAUCUAUCUGUCUGUCUCAUUUUUCACAUCUACCUCUUCCCCACUCCUUCAAAUGUUGCUCGUAG